AACAGCAUCUAAAACUCUGAAGUGAGAGAGAGGAGGGGCUAGGAAGUGCUGCCCACGCAACUAGCUGAGAUGUUUGUUGAUAUAGCAGCCACACCUUUUCCUACCAAAGAGAGUCGAGGACUUGUUAGGGCAAGCCGGCCAACAACAGUAACACAGACCUAGAGGACUGAAAAUGAGCUCAUUGCUUUGGCUGCUGUGCCUUUGCUGUGUACCUAUUGCUCUUUGUGAUGAUUGCAAUCAAGUAACCUCUAGCACACGAGUGUGCUCAGAUGAGGGGCAAGUGUGCAUUGUACAGGUCUCAACCAUCUCCUUGUCCAAUACUGGGAGGGUCCAAAUCUGUAGGGGUGGACAAUGGGGGCUUGUGGCUACAGAAAACUUCACUGUCCCGUGGAGCAGUAAGAAUGCACAGGUGGCAUGUCGCCAGGCUGGGUUUAGAGGAGGAGCCCUUAAUUCAAUGUAUCCACUCACGGGUUCGUUUUCAGAGGUGUUUCCUUUUUUUCCAGUACACUAUGUUGGUGUGAGUUGUGGUGGAUCUGAGAGUUCCCUGUUGGAAUGCAUCAUCAGAAAUGGCUCCGGAUUAGGAAUUACUCCUGGGGCUGUGUUUGUGGUGUGCAGGCCAGAAACAGCAGACUAUUCAGAUGUCCAUGAGCCAGGUGUUCAGAAUGGUGACUUGAGGCUGUAUGGUGAUCGCACCAAUGGGUGGGGUGCGGUUGAGGUCUACACUCCGAGCCUGGGGGGGUGGGUCUCAAUAUGUCCUGAUGGGUUUGAUAACGGUGAUGCAGCUGUUGUGUGCAGACAGUUUGGUUACGAAACAGGAUUGUCCAUCCCUUAUAGUAUUUCUCCUCAAGCCAUCUCUUCAUCACGCUCGUUGUAUGAUACUGAGUGCACUGAUCUUGAUCCUUCAAAUAUUGGCUCCAUUGAUACCAUCGUAGCCGGGAAAUGCCGAUUCUUGUACACUCCUUUUUGUCCAUCUGGUUCAUCAUUGUACGGUGGAGUGAGGUGCUCAUCAAGGCCAAGUCUUACUGAUGGUAGCAUUCGACUGCUUGGUUCCAAUGGUAUUACUACUGGGCUCACAUCCGGUAUCGUGGAGGUGUUCUAUAACGACCGGUGGGGGAUGGUGUGUGAGGGAGGCGUGUUUGCUAUUAGCGAGGCAAGAGCUGUGUGUGAGCAGCUGGGCCUGGAUGAAGAUGAUGCAUCCAUUAUGUCCGCAGUCAGCUUGCUAGACGAGGAAAGUCGAAUGAAGGCUAUUUGGUUGACUCGCGUGAACUGUGGUACUUCUGACGACGUGUUCACCACAUGUCAACGUGUCAGUCCUAUUGGAUACGGAGGUUGUAGCGGAACACAGCGAAUAGCAGCUGUGAGAUGUGGUAGUCCCACUAGUGAUGAUGGGGGAUUCUCAAGUGGGGGCAUCACUGGUAUUAUCAUUGCCGUCAUCUUUAUCAUAUUCUUUGUCAUUCCACUGGGUUACUAUUUUGUUAUUGACUACUGGAAAAAGAGACAUCAGUACAGCUGGUACAACACUAUGACUACACCCAGUGAAUGGUGCGACUGCUGCUCUUCCCCAAGUGUUAACACACAGAGAACCUUUGAACUCCAGCGAGAGAUCACUGUUGAAGCGCCAGAGACAACCAAUACAGAACCUGCUCCUGAACCUGUUGCAUUUGGUGGUUUUGGAACGCCUUCAAACAGUACAGCAGUGGCAACCGAGCCAUCCCCGGAAACCAACGAGCUUGAAAACCCAGGAUUAUCUAAAGUACCUCCUCCAGCAUACAAUGCCUCAGAAAACUUUCCAUCUUUUACGAGCAAGCCUCAAGAUCUCCCACCACCCUAUCCUGGACCCAGCGUGGGAUUCGUGUUUCCCCCUACUACUCUCAAUGAAGCCACCGCACCUCCAGCCGCGGGUUCCCCUAGUUAUCCAUCCCAGACGUCCAAUCAGGACCCUGCAUACCCUCCACCCACUGUUGGACUGUCCGUUGAGCCCACUGCCCCACCCCCCUCUACCGGAUAUCCUCAAGACCCGGCCUACCCUCCCCCACCACCACUGGCUGGACAGGAGCUGCCAUAUCCUGUGAACAUACAGUAUGGAGGAGGAGCUUACCCACCUCCUACAGUACAAAUAGACUCUUCUGACUCUAGAAACGAGAUGGGUCUCAUGAAGAUUGCUUCUGUUUUGUUCUGCCUGUGGCCAGUAUUGAAUGCACAGAGUUUGUGUAUUGAGGGGGAUAUUCGGAUCGUGAGUACUUCUUCGUUUGGAGUUACCGGAGCUGGGAGAGUGGAAGUAUGUCACAAUAGUGUGUGGGGCACUAUUGCACAGCCUGGCUCUCUGUGGAGUGAAAAGAAUGCACAGGUGGCCUGUAGACAGGCCGGGUAUGCGGGAGCACUCAACUCAGUCUUUACUAUAGGACUAUCUUUCAGUGAUGUGGCAGCCGCCACAACUCCCGUGCACUACAUCGUGAAUUGUAGUGGCCUCGAGACGAAUUUGUUGUCAUGUGAAAUCAAUGAUAAUGUAGCGCUAUACCAGUCCUCACCCACUAGCUACAUCCACAUUGACGAUGUGUUUGUGGUCUGUCGACUCAGAUCAGUUUAUUCUCCUGUCCACCCAUCUGGUGUACAGGUUGGUGAUAUCAGGUUGCUUGGUGACUCGGCUAACGGCAGAGGAGCUGUAGAGAUCUACUCAAAUACGUUCCAGUGGGUGACAAUCUGUCCUGAUGGAUUUGAUGAUUCCGAUGCAUCUGUGCUGUGUGGUAGACUUGGCUAUGAUGGGGGCAGGAGGAGCUUCUACAGCAUCUCUCCGCCAUCCACUGGGAGUCAGAUCCUUUUCGAUGCUGAAUGCUCAGAGAAUGGAGUUUCUGUGGGUCUUGUCAGUCGCAGAAUCGUGGCUGGUGUUUGUUCAUUCUCUUCAUCCUUGUCUGGUUGUCCAUCAGGAGACACUGAUCUGGCUGGAGUCCAGUGUUUCAGCUCCUCAUCAAGUCCUGGAUCAGUCCGCCUGUUUGGAGGGGAUGGCUCUAGUGGUGUGGUGGAGACGCUCUACAAUGGAAAGUGGGGGAUGAUUUGUGAUUCUUCAUUUGGCACGACUGCCGCGACAGUUGUGUGUUCCCAACUCGGAUUUUAUGGACCUGAAUCUUCAUCCAUUACUGCCAGUUCAAGCCUGCUUGACACAGAGAGUAACCUGAAACCAAUAUGGCUGUCUAAUGUUGUUUGUCAGGAAGGUACUUCGAGAUUAUCAGAGUGCAGUCAACCUGGUGAGCUCAUAGGAUUUGCAUCGUGCAGAAGUGGGCGUAUUGCUGCAGUGUCUUGUGGUACGCAAUUCUCAGGAGGGGAAAUUGCUGGUAUUGUCAUUGGAGUACCAGCUGGUUUAAUUAUUAUAGCGAUCGUUGUGUGGUUUGCUGGAGUGAGAGAAUGCUGGAUGAAGAGAAGCAACAACCCUCACUAUCGCUCUCUUGUUGCCUGCUGUACUGGAUGUAAAACUCAAUGUCAAGAAACAAGAAGUGUAAGGAGAGAGGCAGAAGAAGCUCGGAGAGCUCAGAGGGAAGCUCAAAGAGUUCAAAGGGAAGCCGAACAAGCUGCUCAGAGAGACGCCGAGGCUGCAGAAAGAGCCCGACAAGCUGAAGUGAGUGUUCAAAUGGAGGCAGUUGCAGCAAGUGCACCAUUUCCAGAACCGUUCCCAACUAAAGAUGGAGAAUUUAUGAAGGCAGCUCCUCCCCAGUAUCCUUAUGCUAUCGGCUUUCAGCAGGUAGCCUCUGAUCUUCCCCCUCCCUAUGCAGAGGCAGCAGCUGGAACCACUUACCCAUCAGUUUUUAUCAAGUUUCUUUUUAUUUGUGAUAAUUAUAAUGUGCAUAAAAUUUUAAUGAUGACCCUUCAGUUAGACCGAUUUUAUGCUGAUAACAAAUACACAGUCUACUGCGUUACAAUAGAGAAAAGUCGGCCAGGAAGGAGAGCCGUUACAAUAGAGAAAAGUCGGCCAGGGAGAGCCAAGAUGAGUUCUAGUGUGGAUAUGAACAGUGGUGUGGUGUACCUAGACUGCAAUGCUACGACUCCUCUGGCUCCUGAGGUACUGGAGGCCGUGACAGGAGCCCUGAGGGACGCCUGGGGAAAUCCCAGCAGUGGUCAUCAUGCAGGAGUUAAGGCUCGUCAAGUGAUUGUGAAUGCUCGCGAACAUGUUGCGAAGAUGAUCGAAAGCGAUGCACAAGACAUAAUCUUUACGUCUGGUGGGACUGAGAGUAACAACAUGGUCCUGGACUCUGUAUUGAGGCACUACUCCAGUACGUCUGAUUCCUCUCUCCCUCACGUUGUCAUUAGCAACCUGGAGCAUGACUCCAUUGACCUCACUGUCAGGGAACUGGAAAGUAGGGGGAAACUUGAGUUAACUGUUGUCAAGUGUGAGCCUACCAGUGGAGCUGUGGAGCCAGCUGCCAUCGAGAGAGCCCUUCGUCCCAACACUGCCCUAGUGUCCGUGAUGUUGGCCAACAACGAGACCGGGGUCAUUCAACCAGUGCGGGAGAUUGUGGCGAUAGUGAGGAGAUGGAACAAAGAGAGGCGGAGUGGACAGAGACAGAUACUACUGCACACUGACGCUGCACAGGCUUUGGGCAAGAUUAAGGUCAGUGUAGAGGAGCUGGAUGUCGACUACCUCACUAUAGUAGGACACAAAUUCUAUGGCCCGCGGAUUGGAGCUCUGUUUGUCAAAGGACUAGAGGAUAAAUCCACACCCAUUUAUCCGAUGCUGUACGGGGGAGGGCAAGAGAGAGGCCUCAGAUCAGGCACUGAGAACACUGGUAUGAUUGCUGGGCUGGGAGAGGCUGCUCGACUGGUGGUGGAGAACUUGAGUCAGUACCAUGACUCAAUGAGGGAUGUCAGAGACUAUCUGGAGACUCAGCUAGCUGGAGCAUUUGGAGAGCGUGUUCAUUUCAAUGGAAGGUUCAUCUCAAGUGAACGCAUUCCUAACACCAGUAAUGUGUCCAUCAUUGGAGAUAACCUGAAAGGCAACCUUGUGCUGUCUAAACUGGAGAGGAGUCAGGCCAGUGUGGGGGCUGCCUGUCACUCUCAUGCAGUCAGCCAACCCUCUUCCAUUCUCCUGGCCUGUGGAGUGCCUCACCAAAUAGUCAUCAAUGCUCUUAGGUUGAGCAUGGGGAGAGACACCACUAGAACUGACAUUGACGCGUUUAUUAGAGAUCUUAAGAAUGCUGUCAGUAAACUAGAUCAAAUUUUGUAAAUAUUGUUGUUUUGUCUUAUUUUGAAUCACAAUGUUGUUUAUUACUAUAA